CUAUUCGAACAGACUUUCAUGAAGUACAUACACCAGCUGGAGGCCCUUCAACUUCACCUGCUUGAAAUUGAUGCUGCCAUUCCUUGGCAUCUUUUUGAUUUGGUCAAAGGACAGCUGGUUUUUCAGAGCCUGGAGAAGGUGGAAUUUAAGUUCAUCGUGGACGCUAGAAGCAAGAUUACGUUCCCUGGAUAUCAGCAUCCUGUCAUCUUCCCGGUGCUGACCUCCUUGCGUGUCACCAACGCCAUAGGUGUGUACGACAAUAUUUACGCAUAUUUCACUUCUAACAAACUCAGCAGGCUGGUGGUUAAGGAUGACCCAGAUGCUUUCGAGCACAUCGAUUGGCGUGUCCUGCAAACUGUGCAGCGGUUUGAGAUAGAACAUCCCACAGGGGAGUUUACCUCGCACCAUCAACUGGCACAAUCUGGCCUUGCUCGACAUUGCAGUGGCCAUUGCCGACAAGGACAUGCUCGGCAACAUGGUGGCACAGCUGCCGCACCUGGAAUCACUCCAUAUCAACUGCGUGUCGAUGCUUACAAAAGA